CCGCUCGGGGUUCACAACCACUUUGGUGCUGUCCCAGCAGUCGCUCCUCUGGGCGCAGUACGGGCCAUUGAUACUGCUAAGUGCAGCCUGGCGGCCGGGCGUCUCACAGCAGCCCUUCGGAGAGAAAUGGACUCGGAAAUCAAGGAAGAAGUUCCUGUGCAUGAAGAAUUUAUUUUAUGCUGUGGAGUUGAAACCCAGGUUCUAAAAUGUGGGCCCUGGACUAACCUCUUCAAUGAGCCAAGAGCCAACAAACCUAAGCUGCUUAUUUUUAUUAUUACAGGUAAUCCAGGUUUUUCUGCCUUUUAUGUGCCAUUUGCAAAGGCUUUGUACUCCUCAAUAAACGGACGCUUUCCGGUUUGGGUUAUCAGUCAUGCUGGGCAUGCUUUCGUCCCCAAAGGCAAGAAGAUUCUUACAACUUCAGACGAUUCAAAGGCUCAAAAAAUCAAUGACAUCUACGGACUACAAGGUCAAGUGGAACACAAGCUAGCUUUUUUGAGAACUCAUGUGCCAAAGGAAACAAAACUUGUGGUCAUUGGCCAUUCCAUAGGCUGCCAUAUUAACCUUGAGAUUCUGAAGCUUGCUCCUGAACUCCCAAUAAUUCGUUCCUUUCUGCUCUUUCCAACAAUCGAGCGAAUGUCUGAGUCCCCGAACGGCAGGAUCGCCACUCCGCUUCUGUGCUGGCUUCGAUAUGCUCUCUAUGCUUUUGCCUACCUUUUACUUAAACCGUGGCCUGAGAAAAUCAAGUCCUUUAUGAUCAGAAUUGGCCUUCGAAUGAUGAACCUACAGAAUGAAUUUUCGGUCCUGAAUGUAUUAGAACCAUUUUGCCUUGCUAAUGCUGCCUACCUUGGGGGCCAAGAAAUGAUGCAGGUGGUGAAGCGAGACAACGAAACCAUAAGGACAUACUUACCUAAGCUUACAUUUUACUAUGGAACUAUAGAUGCUUGGUGUCCAACGGCAUACUAUGAAGACAUAAAGAAAGAAUUUCCUGAAGGAGAUAUUCGACUCUGUGAGAAAAAAAUCCCUCAUGCUUUUAUCCUCCGUUUUCCGCAGGAAAUGGCUGACAUGGUAGCUGACUGGCUAAAGGAUGAUCUGUCCAAAAUCUAAGUCCUGACCUGCAGGAACAUGACUGGGAACUAGUCCAUAGCAGCAGUGGCUGUGCCUUCUCUUAGUAACACCCUUAGUAGAUAAGUGUUCAUUGUUAAUGUUUGAUAUUAGACAGCAAAAACAAAAAAGAACCUCUUGGCUUGUUAUCAGCUCCCAGCUAGCUCCCCAUACCACCGGCUGAAGUAAACACAAUGAAAUACACCACAGGUUUAACAGCACAUUUUCCAAGACUCAGGGAACACAGUGAUCAGUGACCUAAACAAGACCCCUUAUGUUUGCACGAGAUACCCCAGUGGCACCCUGCAGUUGAUUUUCGUAGGCAGGAUCCCUGCAGACCAAAGGAAGUCUAAAUUUAGUUGAUUUUAAUCCAAUUACCAUGUGGAGUAGGCUCUCCUAGAGGAAAUUAUGAAACACGCACUAGGAAAUGUGAAAGAGAACAGUGAAUGUGAAGAGUAGAGUCAGAUACGUGAGUGUAUGAAAUCAUGAGGACACACAUUCCAGUAGCAGGAAGAAAUGAGUAGUGGAUCUCGGACGUGGACCUAGGUCUCCCUUAAAGACAGAAGCUGAAGAAGAGUCUGGACUCACUUUGAGGUCAUCAGAAUCCAGCUGGCUACCAGCACAGCCUACGUGCCCCCCGCACCCCGAUACUACCUUGUAGCAUGUCAUGAACCACAGGCAGAGCCAACAUCAGAGGCACUGCUUGUCUGCAUCUCUGAGAAGCUUCCCUGAGGAGGAGUGAGAUUUCCUGAUUGCUCUUCAUCAGACAGAAUAAAGUUCACCAGACAUUCCUUGGGCCAAGGAACUCGGUAAGAGUUGUUGACUGCACCUCCCGCCACGAGACAGCCCCGAAAUCUGUGCUGAGCUCCAGCCUGCCAGGCUGUGAGCUCUUGGCAGGCUCCUCUCCUGCGGGGCCAGGAUGCAGAGGCCUGGGGUGUCCCAAAGCCAGCGUGUACCUGCCUCAUGGAGUUGCUUCUGCUGUGAUUUUUCCAGUGAAACUACACUGAGGACCAGCUAGGAGCCAAAUACUAUGCUAGGCAUCAAGGAGCGAGUUCUUGGCUGUGUCAUGAUUCUUUUCUUCUGAAAAAUCUUCCAGUAAGUAAUUUUUAAGAGGGCAUCUUUCAAUCGGUGAAGAGAGAAUUACCAUAAAUGAGUUCUGCAUUUCCACCCUGGCUUUGUUAGUGGGAAAGAAAUUGUUUGACUGCUGAACCAAAACAGGCCAUGAUGGAUUAUGUAAAUUCACCUUCUCCAGAUGCCUUGAGGUCCAGUAGAGAAGACGCUUGUUCUCCAGCCUAGAGUAGGCCCACAAUAUUUCUGCCUUCCCUAGAAUCACUCAAUCCUGGGACCCUAAGAGCCAAUAAUUCCCACUGACAGCAGUGAUAGUUGACAGUUGAUCAGAAACAUUCAGUUUUCCACUAGAGGAGACCCCUCAUGGUGUUAUCAUUCCUUAAGAACAAGAGGUUGUUGUCCUUCCUUUCAAAGCCUAAAGCCCCAGUGAAAGAUUGAGCUCUAAUAUGCUGCCAACCCAGUGGUGAGUAUUGAGCGAGUUACUGUCCCUUAGCAUGGCUUCUGCAUCCGAACAAAUGACUUCUCGGAGGGGAAGAGUCAAGCCCCAGGCAAGGAGUGCUCUUGGCCCUGGAGAGAAGCCAGGAGACACACAUUGGCACAGGCCGGCACAUAUAGUCCUGAUCAGCCUCUGUGUGGAAGGCCUUCUGGAAAUCUGAUGUUAGAAGCUUAGGAUUCCUGUCUCCAAAGUGCCUUUUGUAUAGGAGAUGCUCGGUCGUACUGACUUGAAGCCCUCGAGCAAGUCGUGGGGGAAUCACACCUACUCAGAGAAGAACAGCCCCGGCUUUCCUUUCAGCAUAAUUUAUAUUAUUUCCUAUUUCACAAGUCCACGUGUAUGACAUUGUGUCUUAUUUUGGUUUAUCCGAGCCUAAAAAAUGGUAAAAAGUAAAAUGAUAAAGUGAACGGUAUGGGCUCAUUUUCUGUUUAUCAUCUGAUCACCAAAUGAAUUUUCAAAAUAAAUCUUUUACCAGCA